CAAAAAUGUAUGAGCUGAGCUUGUAACUCAACAGCAGCAUGCGCAGUGACGUCGGUGAUUUUAACGUCACAUCGCGUCGCGUCACGUCGCGCGGCCAGACGCGGAUUUUUUUGUGGGCGGAGCCUGAACUGAUGCGGUCUGAUGUGAGACGCGUUUGUUUCCAUUCACAUGGAGAAACACAGAAACGUUCGUCGCGCGCAGAAGCGUCAAGAUUUAAUCGGGUCAGAAACAGCAGCGGAGCGACGCGAGCCGAAAGAUCCGGACCUGAGACGGCAGCAUGAUGCCGUUGGUCUUCACACUUCUCUGCCUCUGUGUUUUAAAGAUGGGCGGCUUCUCAGCAUCUGUCACUCAACCCACCGUCCAAUCAGAGCUUCAGUGUCAUGACUGGGGCGUGUGGAGCGAGGGUUCGGUGCGGGUGUAUGACGGGGAGGUGGCGUAUAUCUACUGUCCGCUCUUCUCUUAUCCCACGCUCUACAGCUACAGUCAGAUUCAGAACAGCAGUCUGUCUCUGCUGUGGUACCGACACACACACACACACGAGCUGGAGCAGCCCAUCAACCUCAGACUACACACACUGCACAAAGACCGCGAGUACCUGUGGAUACAGCCGGCCUCGGUGCAGGACGCAGGACUCUACAUCUGCAUGCUCCGCAACAUUGCCUCGUGUGUGAAGAUCGGCGUGAAGCUGGAGGUGGUUCAGAAAGACGGAGAGUGUGACCUGAGAGCUCGACCUCACCUGAACGUGACCAUCCCGAUACAGAGCGAGCGAACCCUCACCUGUCCAGACCUGAACACACUCACGCUGCCCAACAGCACACACUCCGUCAGCUGGUACCACUUCUGCAGUACUCAUCUGUUUCAAGGACACCGAAAGCUGAAAGGAGAUGAUCUGGUGAUCUACUGGAUGAUGGAGUCGUACACAGGCCUCUACACCUGUGUGGUUUCAUAUCAGAUGAACGGACGCAUGCUUCAGUUCACACGCAACAUUAAUGUCACUGCUGUUGUUCCUAAUAUUGGCAGUAAAGUUCCCAUCAUCCUGAAUCCCGCGAGUAAUCAGAUCUACACGGUGACUCUGGGAGAUACAGUGACACUGUCCUGUCGUGUGCAUCUGCCUCACCUGUACGAGGAAAAGCACCACAUCUGGUGGACCAUCGAUAAAAAAACCUUGGAGCAACUCGCUGACCCACGAUUCAGCUCACCUGAGGCCACGCUUCUGUCAUAUGAGUACGGUGACGAGAUGAAAGAACGAGUCCUGAAUGUGAUGGAUUUUUCAGCUGAUGACCUGCAGAGGGAGUUUAACUGCUCUGUCAGAAACAGCCAAGGGUUCAACACCCGCCGAGCCGUACUGAAGGCCGAACCGUACGUCCCGACUCUAGAGCUGGGCUGUGGUUUAGGAGUGACGCUGGCGCUCAUGUUGAUGAUGUUCGUCAUCUAUCACGUGUUCUGGCUCGAGCUGCUGCUGCUCUAUCGCUCGUGGUUCGGCUCAGAUGAGAGAUACACAGAUGAUAAGCAGUAUGACGUGUACAUCUCAUACGCUCGCAACAGUGAGGAGGAGGAGUUCGUUCUGUCCACGCUGCGUCGAGUCCUGGAGACUGAGUUCGGUUACUCUGUCUGCAUCUUCGACAGGGACAGUCUUCCUGGAGGAACUAUAACAGCUGAUACGCUGAGGUUUGUGGGUCAGAGCCGCCGGCUGGUGGUGGUUGCGAGUCCGUGCAGCGCUGUCCGCGGGACACGGGCUCUGCUCGAGCGGACCAACAUGAUGCACGGCCGCAGCCUCAGGGUGGUUCUGAUCCAGUUCAAACCGUUCAAGGGGAAGAUCUGGUUCAAAGAGCUGCGCCAAGUCGGGCUGGCACUGACGCUCAUAAGCUGGAAGGGCCAGAAAUCAGCCCCUCUGUCCUCACGCUUCUGGAAACAGCUGCAGCUCGAGCUGCCCAUGAGGAGGGACACACAACACACACACACCCCGCUACAGGACAUCACACAACACACACCCGACACACAAAACACACGUCAGGCAGAAGAGAAACUCAUCCAUCCUUAUUCUUCAAGUGCCUUAUAGACAACCAGUAUACGUAUCCUGUGAGCCUUUAUUAGUAAAGUGCUUUUCACAAUAUGCAUCAUUUCAAAGCAGUUUUACAGAAAAAAAUAAAAAGUGGAUGUCAUAUAGGAUUUUCAGUGUAGAUUUCUACUAUUAUCGUAUUUAGUCGUAUAUUGAAUUUUAUAUUUUUAGUUUCCAUUUUAAUGUUUGGUUUUGGUCGUUUUGUGUUUUUAAUUAAUACUCACACACACACAUUUUUUAUUUCAAUUUCAGUAUUUCUGUUGGCUGUGGAGGCAACAUAUCUAAUUUCCAUCUAAGUUACUUAUGUUAUUAAGCUUUCAUUAGGGAUUCACAGUGUUAAUUUAGUAUUUUAAAAAGAUUUUGUAAUAUUCAUUUUCAUGCAAUACAUAUAUUUUAUUUUAUUUCAACUUUUUAGCCCCUUAAC